GCACAAUCUUUAAGUUUAAAUAGAGCGACUGUAACUUAGAAGACUCACAAGGUGGACUGUUGAAACUGCUUCACCAAUGUUCCACAGAUAAAAGAAACCCCGCCUCUCUACAGACGAGAAGAAAUUCAAGGCACAAUUUCAUUUUAAUUUCCUGUCUCUAAGAUCCUUGCUAAGUUGAUGACAACAUGACAAGGGUGCCCCGUGCUGUAGCCUCUAGCACAGUAGCGGCCAAUGUGGGAAACCAAUUGUUCUUAAUGAACUGGAGGAACUCAACCUGAUCAAAAUCAUCCAGACUAAGCUACAAACAAAGAAGCACGUGUAUAUUAAUCAGCAGAGAGCUGCUAAAGGAACUCAUGCAAAACAGAUUCCAGACAAAAGAAGAGCCAAAUCCUUUUAACGAUGGGUCUGUUAAGCUUACCUAAUGAAACUGAACCAGAUAAUGAGACCUUAGAAAUGCUUGAGAAUGACUAUAUUGCAGUUAUUCUGCCUGUAGCUUACUCCAUUGUGGCCUUAAUAGGCAUCCCAGGAAAUCUUUUCUCACUUUGGAUUUUAAUGUUUCACACCAGACCUAUAACUUCUUCGAUAAUUCUGAUGAUCAACUUAAGCAUAACUGACCUUGUCCUUGCUGCUUUCCUUCCAUUCCAAGUUGUUUAUCACAUCUACAGAAGUGACUGGAUCUUUGGAAAACCCCUUUGCACUCUGGUGACUGUGCUCUAUUAUGCAAACAUGUACUCUUCUUUAUUAACGAUCAUGUUAAUUAGCAUUGAGCGCUACCUUGGCGUUGUCCACCCUAUGAAAUCUGGCAUGUGGAGAAGAAAAAGAUACGCCAUCGCAGCUGUUAUUAUCAUUUGGAUAUUAGUGAUGUUUAUAUUGUAUCCAUUGUUAAAAACGGACUUGACCUAUGAUGUGAAGCAUCUGAAAAAAAGAACAUGCUUUGAUGUUCUCAAAUGGACAAUGUUACCUAACUUGAUGGCAUGGGCAGCCUUCAUCAUUUCCCUCUUUUUGUUUUACUUCUUGCUUCCACUAAUAGUGACUGUGAUUUGUUAUGUUCUAAUUAUACUGAAACUGGUUCAGACUUCUAACAGAUACGGACGUGGACAAGAAAGAAGGUCUAUACACCUGGCACUAAUGGUUCUUCUGGUGUUUAUUACAUGCUUUGCUCCCAGCAAUUUUAUACUCCUGGUUCAUGCAAUUAAUCGUUUGUUCUUCAAUAAGAGUUACUAUCAUGCCUACAAACUCUCUCUUACCACGAGCAGCUUAAGUAGUUGCCUCGAUCCAUUCCUUUACUAUUUCGCUUCAAAGGAUUUUCGCAAGAAAGCUAAAGAAGUCUGGGCCAAAAAGGUAAAACAAAAUGAGACUUGUGAAACAAGAAGAAGCAGCAUAUUUUCUGCUCUGUCAGGAAGAUCCCUGACAAUCUCCAGUGGACAUGGAGAAGUCUUUGAGAAUGGACACACCCAUCGCAACUGUAAGCGGCAGGAAAGUGAUGUUUAGGUGGUAGAGCCAUGACCACUCCAUGACACUGCCAAGAGCUAAAGAGCCACAGAUAAGCCACAAAUUUAAAGAAGGACAGUACAAAAACUUAGACUGAAAUCUUAGGGGGUCAGGAUUUUGUGUUCACACAUGAAAAAAAUCUGUUGAAAAAAUAACUCAAUAUAGGGUGUUCAAAGGAAAACUUCACUGCUGUACUGAAGAAUUCAUUUACAAUGGUAGCAGAGAUCUGUUUAUGGUAAAGAAUGAAUAUUAUGUAGUGUAUCAUUUGUAAUGUGGAAUGUUUCUAACGUGUAAACAAUGUGCAUAUUGUGGCUUUCUUUUUUAUCAGAUAUGCCAAGGAUACCAGUGACAUAUUUAGUACUAUAAUGAAGACAGAAGAUUCUGCCAUUUCUUGCCCAAACUAGCAGUCUGCUCUGAGUGGUUUAGAUAUAGAUCAGGACAAAAUCCAGCUGACGAAAGCCAGAAUCUGCAGCCAUUUAUGAUUCAAACACUAGCACAUGGGCUAAUACAUUCAGCCUGGCCAAAGAUCUGAUUGUUGUCAAGCCUGGCCAAAAAGAAGAAUUGUCUUCAUGUAUCAAAUGACAAGUAAAAUAAUCUAAAAUCCAUUCUAAAAUGUUAGAGGCUCUUCAAAAUAAUGUAAAAUAUGCUUCUUUUUUAAAUAAUGAUUUAAAAUAAGAAGAAUGAACAGAGUGUAACUUACAUAUACUUUCCUUUCAAAUACAGGGAAGUAUGGGACCUGUUAUCCAGAAUGAUCACGACCUUGGGUUUCCUCUAUAAGGGGUCUUUCCAU